GAUCAAACACUUUUAAGGAUUAUUGGAAGUUAUCCUCCGUUUCUUACCAACUUAGUCAACGGUUCAGUUGCACACCAAGGUCGUCGUCGUGUCUUCUCCUGUCCGCCCUUUCAGCAGAGUUCAGCGGUCCAACAGCCAGGCAGUUUACCAGAUAUUCAAGACGAUCCGUACAAGCUAACACAAGAUGUUCUUACCGAGUUGUUUUCAGAUAUUAGAAAGGAAUUAUGGGUCCCGAUGGAACACCUGAAACAAAUAUCUAGAUACUACUUCGACGGAAAUGGUAAAAUCUUUCGCCCGAUGUUAGUUGCUCUUGUUUCUAGGGCAGUGAACUAUCACAUGCACGACACCAGGGAGGUAUUGGAAUCCCAACGAGAAAUUGCUUUAGUUGCAGAAAUGAUUCACACAGCUAGCUUAGUUCAUGAUGACGUCAUUGAUACAUCAGAUACGAGAAGAGGAAAAGCUAGUGUGAAUUUACUGUGUGGACAAAAUAAGGCAAUCUUAGCUGGAGAUUUUAUACUGUCCAAAGCAGCCAAGAUACUUGCUCGUAUUGGGAAUGAAGAAGUUGUUAUCAUGUUGACACAGGUGCUACUAGACCUAGUACAAGGAGAACUGAUGCAACUAGGGUCCAAAGAAGAUGCAGGGGAAAGAUUUUCCCACUAUCUCCAAAAAACAUUUAUGAAAACUGCCAGCCUCAUGGCUUACGCUUGUAAAGCUGUAGCUUACCUAGGUGGAGCUGAUAAAACUCUGCUUGAAGGAGCGUUUCAAUAUGGCAGAAAUCUUGGUAUCGCAUUUCAGCUGGUUGACGAUUUGUUGGACUUUGUGUCAAGUCAAGAUGAAAUGGGAAAACCCGCAGCAGCUGAUCUAAAACUGGGUUUGGCAACAUCACCGGUUCUUUUUGCCUGCGAAAAGUUUCCAGAACUGAAUACUUUGAUAAUGAGGAGGUUCUCGCACCCUGGUGACGUUGAACAAGCCUAUGAAGCAGUAAUGAAGAGUGAGGGCCUGGAACAGACGAAAGUGUUGGCACAGAAGCACUGCAACGAAGCCUUACGUCACAUUGACAGUUGGCGGGAAUCACCCGAGAAACGCGCCCUGGUAACGAUCAUGAACAAAGUAUUGAACAGAAAGAAAUGAGUGUUCUUAAAGUUUUAGCAAGAUGAAUGGAUAUUGAAUAAGUACGUCUUAGGUUAUA